CUUUUAUUUUCCAGCAGUGUACGAUUCAAGCUCUCUGAAAGAAAGCAAGAAGGAAGAAAAGGGGACAGAAGAAAAGAGGGACUGACUGCAGCUGUAGCAGUUGGAACUUUUUCUCACAACUCGUCUUCCUCCAUACUCUCUCCUCUCUGCUAUCCAACAUUGUAGCUUCACCAAGAUGAAGCUGAAGGAGGACCUGAACCCCAUGCUGCUGCUCCUCUUCCACCUCAUGGUAUGGAUCUACACCUUCCUCACCUUCAUGCCCUCUUACAUCCUCAGCUGGGUCUCCAGACCCGACGUGGGCUGCUGCGGCUCCGAGGAGGAGCGAGCCAAGAAGAUGAAGGCCCACUCGGUGCUGGGAUGUCCCGAGGGACCCUACCGAGCUGUGAGCGCCACUAAGAGGUUGGCGACGUCACUGCACCCAGGAGUGGACACCUUGGAUAAGAUGUUUGAGGACGCAGCCAUGAGGUUCCCACACCGAGACUGUCUCGGGACGAGGGAGGUGAUCAGUGAGGAGGACGAGCAACAGAGCAAUGGAAAGGUGUUCAAGAAGGUAGUUCUGGGGGAGUACUGCUGGCUCUCCUAUGCGGAAAUCCUCACUGCAGCGUCCCAACUGGGCAGCGGUUUGGCAUUACUGGGUCAGCAGCCAAAAAACAACGUUGCCAUCUUCUGUGAGACACGGGCCGAGUGGAUCAUUGCUGCACAGGCAUGCUUCAUGUACAACUUCCCAUUGGUCACCCUUUACUCCACGCUGGGAGGUCCAGCCAUUGCUCAUGGGCUGAAUGAGACUCAGGUCACCCUUGUCAUCACCAGCAGAGAACUCCUGGAGACCAGACUCAAGGCUAUCCUAAUUGAAGUUCCGAGACUGCAGCAUAUCAUUGUAGUGGAUAACACACCAACCUCGUGGCCCGGCUAUCCACGUGGCAUCAGUGUCCACAACAUGGCUGCCGUUCAGAAGCUGGGAGCCAGGCCUGAGAAUGCCGCACGUGAGCGCAAGCCGGCGCUGCCUUCAGACAUUGCAGUCAUCAUGUACACCAGUGGAUCCACAGGCAUACCAAAGGGCGUCAUGAUCUCCCAUAGCAACAUCAUCGCUUGCAUCACAGGCAUGGCUGAGCGGAUACCCAACCUGUGUGAGGAGGACACCUACAUUGGCUACCUGCCUCUCGCCCAUGUACUGGAGCUCAGUGCAGAGCUCGUAUGUUUUUCUCAUGGCUGUAGGAUCGGUUAUUCCUCACCUCAGACUCUAGCUGACCAGUCAACCAAGAUCAAGAAAGGAAGCAAGGGGGAUGCCAGCGCCCUGCAGCCCACUCUGAUGGCAGCUGUCCCGGAGAUCAUGGAUCGUAUCUAUAAGAACGUGAUGACCAAGGUGGAGGAGAUGAACUGUGUCCAGAGAACACUCUUCAUUCUGGCAUACAACUACAAACUGGAGCAGCUUGCCAAAGGAUACAGCACACCUCUAUGUGACAAGCUGGUGUUCAGGAAAAUUCGCUCUCUGCUGGGAGGUCGGACGCGGGUGUUGUUAUCAGGUGGAGCGCCGCUCUCUGCCACCACGCAACGCUUCAUGAAUGUGUGUUUAUGCUGUCCGGUGGGUCAGGGAUACGGCCUGACGGAGACCUGCGGUGCUGGAACCAUUAGCGAGCUGUGGGAUUACAGCACUGGGAGAGUGGGAGGGCCGCUGGUUUGCUGUGAAAUCAAGCUCAAAGACUGGGUGGAGGGUGGUUAUCGCAGAACUGACAAGCCACAUCCAAGAGGAGAGAUUCUGAUUGGUGGACCCAACGUAACCAUGGGAUACUACAAGAACGAGGUGAAAAACCAAGAUUUCUUUGUAGAUGAGAACGGCCAGCGGUGGUUCUGUACAGGAGACAUCGGAGAGUUUCAAGAAGAUGGGUGCCUCAAGAUAAUCGAUCGUAAGAAAGACUUGGUGAAGCUGCAGGCAGGAGAGUACGUCUCCCUGGGAAAGGUGGAGGCCGUGUUGAAGAACUGCCCUCUGGUCGAGAACAUUUGUGCCUAUGCUAACAGUGACGAGACAUACGUGAUUGGCUUUGUGGUGCCCAAUCAGAAGCAGUUGCUGGCUCUGGCUGACCAGUACGGUAUUCGAGGCACAUGGGAGGAGCUGUGCGAAAGUAAGGCCAUGGAGGAGCUGGUCCUCAAGAUCAUCACUGAGGCUGCUCUAGCAGCCCAGCUAGAGCGCUUUGAGAUCCCUCUCAAGAUCUGUCUGAGCCCAGACCCAUGGACUCCCGAGACAGGAUUAGUAACUGAUGCAUUCAAGCUCAAACGCAAGGAGCUGAAAACACAUUACCAGGACGACAUUGAGAGAAUGUACGGUGGGAAAUAACGACAAGGACCAGAACAGCAUUGUUCACUCUCAAAGCACCGACCAACACUUGACUCUGAACACGCCUAGUACUCUUUCACUGCUCCUCUACAGUAUAUCCCUUCCCAUGAGCAUAAGCCUGACCUGAAUUUGUGGUAAAUAUUAACAGAAAGAAGCUUAAGGGUAUGCUGUUACCAGUUCCAUCAUGGAACCAGCUUUUACUUGAAUUUGUAACUAAAGACAGGCUGAAAAAGAAAACACAAGAGAUCCCAGCCUUUUCCCUUCUUUUCGCCCAGGUGUAUGACCUCUUUGUGGGGAUCUUUAUUGUUCCAGAUGCGAGUUAUGAAACAGAUGGUGUGUUAGCUGAUGUUGUCUGUUGAACUCUUUCUGAAUGCCACAGCAGAAGCUCAGGUUAGGCGGACAGGUUUGUUGCCUUGUUUGCUUUGUCUAUAAGACACUAGAUUGGUUACAUAUAUCUCUAAAUCUUUCCUUAAAUUCAUGUUGAUUCUCUUAUUUAACUUAAAAGUUUCAAAUGUAUACUUCCUGCAGGUCAGGAGACAGUCUUUUGUUUCUUUUUUUUUCUUCUUUUUUCUAACAAUUGUUUAUUUUGUCUCCCACCCACAGUGGGACUUUGACUCCCCUGGACGUGGGGCGUCUCUCAUCAGUACAUAUUGAUACCAAAAGCACAAAGUCAUUUGAGGGCUAAUGAGAGCAGCUUGGUCAAAAAACUGCUAAGGUCAUAUCUGGUCGAACAAUUUGUAUCUUUUUCAUUAUCAACAUUAAGGCUUUUUUUCAGAAAUGAGAAUAAAUUGCACCUAAUAGUCUUAUUUAGAAAGAAAAGAAACAAAGAUGCACUGUUGUUUAGUCUAUUAUAUUUUCCUACAGUGAUAGAGUAUACUUUUUUAUGUGCUGUACAGACCACAUUGUUCACAAAAAUGCACAUUUACUUGCUUGUAUUACAAAUGAAAUGACUGUGUAAUCAUUGUCAUAUGUGAAAAAUCAUAGUGCACUAUGAAAAUGUAUCAUGUCUGUCCAAAUAAGGCAGUUGAUUACAGUUAGGACAUAAAUACAAAUUUCUCAAUGUGCCUGGGUGGGUUGCAAAAUUAGCUCACUUUGACAAGUGCGACUUCGGUGUGUGUAGCAAACAUUUAUUCUGCCGGACUGUCAUUACCAUCUUAAAGUCACAUAUUUUUGUCAUCUUCACAAGUAUGACUAAGUGUGUGACUCAAGUCCAUACUCGGCACAAACAUGGCCCCAGAAUCCCUCACAAUGUGACACCUGUUGCCUUCUCUUGUGAUUCUGAGUCACCCCUUUUCUAUUCCCUUACUUUCUCCGUGAGUGUAUAUGUACACACACACACACACACACAUAUAUAUAUGUAUGUAUGUGGAGCGGUGAUCAGCAGAUGAAGCACAUGUAUAGCCUCUAUUUUAACUUCGUUAUCAUAGACUUCUUUUGAAGCUCCACUCCCCCUUUGUAUCCAGAGCCUGCAUUGUAACAUAAGUGCACCUAACUAUUUAUUUGUAAUUUGCCUUUGGAAAACUACUCAAAUGAAGAAAAUAAAGAUUGUGUUUGGUCUACA